CAUCAGCGCUAUAAUCAUAACGGUCAUAAUUCAGAGAUAGCAUGUACAAGAUAGAAUUUAUGAAUUUCGUCCAUGACGUCAUAACAGCUCAUAGGAAACAAUUGUAGAUUUACCAUAAAUCACCGUAUAGAUCUUGUAUGUAAGAAAUAAAUAAGUUCGAUUUAAAUGCAUCUAUAAAGAUCUACUGUGUUUGGUACAAUCUUGAUGAUUGCACCAAACAAAGAAGAUCUUUAUCGAUGCAUUUAAAUCUAAAUAGUUUAUUUCUUCUAAGAAACAAUUGUAACGUUCGCUGAGUUAUGUAUAUUACGUUAAGGCUCAAUAUCUCCGCGACUUUUAUUAUUAACUUUCACGACACGCGCAUGCAUCGACAUAUUGACAUCAUAAAAUAAUCUGUAGAAAUUAUCUGUCAUCAAGACCAAUAGUAAUCAAAUUUGUCCAAGAGAUGGCGGUUUUAAUUAUCAUUCAAAUUACCUGCGGGUAGAGAUUAUCUUUUAAAUUCAUUUUUCUUUCACUAUAAAUUGACGUGUGCGGCCGAAUACCCUUCACAGAGAGAGAGAUUGCAUUCAAAGAGAAAAACAGAUAAAGUCAAGGACUAAUAUAAGAUCUACACAACGACAGCAUGAAGACAUUCAAUAGCUCGCUUCUCCUUCUACUCUCAGCGGCCAUCCUCCCCGUGUUAUCCUUCAGCCACUUCCCAACACGCCGUUUGCCAGCACAAGUACAGAAAGAACUGCCGGAACGGCAUCUCGUCUCGGUAGCACAGGCACAACGUGGCAGAGAAUGUUUCAAUUACACUGGCUGCAGCGGCAGCGGCGGGGAGAACGCGCUGAAUGCCAACUACCCUCUGCCGUGCUAUGACUACGUUCUGACGAUCGUCUUCGACGGCAUGUUUGGCUGGUUGUACGAUAAAGACAGCUUUGCCAAGCACCAGAGACAAGCAGGCAGAGGCGAAGCACAGGCCAUUGCCAAGGGCAGAGAAACGGCGGAAUGGAUCAAAACUACCUACGGCAUCGACUUUACCUACUUGCCGGAUGAAGCCUUUCUUGAGAGCACACCUGGGAAUUUCGCUACUAUCUAUGACGACAACGGUGGCAAAGUGAUCUUCUUUAACUACCUCCUCAACCCGUCUGGCAGAUACCGUCUAAUCUCAGGGAGUAAAGGCAACGAGGCUUCCUUCUUCAAUUCAUUUGUCUCUAAUGGAGGCUGGGGAAUUAAAGUCGAGGCCGACUUUACAACGCGCGACGGCACACACCUAGCAGCGGGAGCACAGAUUUCAAAAGGGGACUACGUCAUCGGCAUUUGCUCCAAAGACACCAUCUUCGGCAGUGAUUAUUCGGAGAGAAAGCCCUUGUCGAUCGAGUAUGUUUGUACUAGCUUCGUUCCCCCCACCAGCACAGUGAUCAUAGACUGCACCGUGGAACAUCACGUCAUGGGGAGCGGCACCGCACGUGGCGCCCUCUUUCCGACGCCAGGAACACCAGGGAAAUAUGAUGGACGAAAUGUUCUGGCUUUUCCUGGAACUCAGGCGUUCCCUUAAGGACUUUGGAUCAUGACUACCACGAGAAAAGUGACGCCCAUGAUACCUCAGAAUGAUACUAGAUGUUCGCAAACGCUCCAAUCAGUCUUUCCAAAACUUUGUGUGCGCCGAAGUAAAACUAAUAUAAAACCAUUCACUGUUGAAAGCAGAUUGUUCUAGCAGUCGGAGAAAAAUGUCAGCGUUCAGUUUUUUUUCUUUUCCUUUUCCACUGGAUCGGCUGAUAUGGUAAUAAAAAUGUACGACAAACAGAAACCACGAUUUCUAUCAGUUGAGAAUGUUUUGUUCAUUUUCCCCCAUUCGUAUUAUGCACAAUAUCUAUCGAAAUAUUGUUUUAGUUUCUCCAUUUAAAGUUUACCAAUUUUCAUACAUUGUUGUCAUCGUUUUAUAUUCUGAUAUGAUGGCAUUUCAUAUGCACACUUUUUAAUUAAAAUUCUUAAAGUACAUAAAUAACUAGCAUACUAGUUGUAACAGAUUUUGCUUAGUUUAAGACAUAUUUAAGACAUGGAUGGAGCAAAAAUCAAAAUUACUGUCCAAAAUAUAUUACAAAAGUACAACAUUCAUUUCUUUAAAAUGUUCAUCUUCAAAAUACUAUAUCCAAUAUAAAACUAAACUAUAAAUUUACACUGAAGCUUUGAUAAAAACUUCUAGUUUGCUCUUCUGGCAUAAAAACAACUUGCCCUAAGCAGUCACUUUUCAGUGUACUUCUUGCUGCAGGCCAGAUUGGAAAAAAAUUCCAUCAAGUUUAAAAAAAUACAUCAAAUGAUAAACUUAUAUAGCACUACAACAUAACUUUAAUAAAUAUCCUCAACUGAACUACUAGUUUCUCUCUUUUUUUAUUCUUACAUAAAAAAGCAGAUCUAAUCGACAGUUAUUUGCAAGAUCCCACUAAAAGAUGGGCGUAUCUCUACUUUAUCCCUGACAUGGCAAACUGUAGUCAAAUUUGAUCUAUAUUAAAAAUUAGCAUAAUCAUUUUAUAAACAACAUAAUUGAUAAAUAUAUGUGAAAGUCA